UUGUGUCGUUUUCUCUUUUGUUUCCUGCAGCACCUGCCAGUGUCCGUUUUGUCCACAACGAUGUCGUGGUCCCUGACUUCUCUGCCUAUCGGCGCCAGGACGUGCAGGAUCCCAAGGCAUCCUCCCAGAGCAGCAGUGACUCCAGAAAGGGGUUUUCCUACCUGCUGACUGCAACCACCUGUGUAGCAUCUGCCUAUGCUGCUAAAAGUGUUGUCACCCAGUUUAUUUCCAGCCUGAGUGCCUCUGCUGAUGUGUUAGCCUUGUCCAAGAUUGAGAUCAAGCUGUCUGACAUUCCAGAAGGCAAGAACAUGGCUUUCAAGUGGAGAGGGAAGCCCCUUUUUGUGCGUCACAGAACCCAGGCAGAGAUUAAUCAGGAAGCUCAAGUUGAUUUGUCUCAACUGAGGGAUCCACAGCAUGACUUAGACAGAGUGAAGAAACCAGAAUGGGUCAUACUGGUCGGUGUGUGCACCCACCUGGGCUGUGUGCCCAUCGCUAACUCCGGAGAUUUUGGCGGUUACUACUGCCCUUGCCAUGGCUCCCACUAUGAUGCCUCUGGCAGAAUCAGGAAAGGGCCUGCACCCUUAAACCUUGAGGUUCCAACUUACCAGUUUGUGGGUGAUGACACGGUGGUGGUUGGCUGAGAGACGAGGCACCUGGCUCACUUCCAUGCUCCUG